AUGAGCAGCCUCGCGUCGACAUCGAUGAACGAGGACGGACUCGAUUACACGUUUGUGGAAGGGAAAUUUUCGGACGAUCUGACGUGCGGCGUAUGUCUUCUCGCCGUCCGACGAGCGGUGCAGGCGCCGUGCGGCUGCCGGUUUUGCGAAGGCGUCAAUGCGGAACUCGAAAAGCAUGCUGAAGAGGGAGUCCAAAGCCAUCUCGACAUGACCGUGAUGGCGGUAGCGCGGUUAAACGCCGAGUUGUCCGGAGCCGUUAGCAAAGUCGCCGAACUGAAAAGUCAGAUGGACAUCCAACUUCGAAAAUUCGGCUGGGUCGACGAACUGGAAAGUCGAGUGGAAGCAGACCACCAGAAAAACGAAGAACUUGCGAAGCAGAUAGCAUCCAUCAAGCUGACUCAUAAAUCGAAAGACGAUCGUCUCGGUAAAUUGCAGAGACUACUGGCGGGGCAGGCGGACAAUAUUGAAACUUUGGAAAAUACGGCGAAGAAAGACAGAAAAGCGAACGAAGACAUCCGACGGACGGUCGAUUCGUUGCACGGAUCGACGACAGCGUUGACGAAGAAGGUGGAAGAAAUGGGAGCCAUCGGUGGAACCGGGGGAAGAGGAGGAGGAAUACUCCGCGGACCCGCGCAACAACAGAUUUCGAACGUGCAGAAGGAAAUGGACAUCCAAUCCGCACAGCUGUCGGAACAGAAUUUGCGUUUUCAGAUUCUGGAAACAGCCAGCUACGACGGCGUGCUGAUGUGGAAGAUAAAUUCCGUGCGUAGGAGGAAGCAGGAAGCGGACAGCGGCAAAAUCGUGUCCCUUUACAACCAACCCUUCUACGCCGGUCGGUUCGGAUACAAGAUGUGCGCCCGAAUCUAUCUGAACGGCGACGGAAUGGGCAAAGGGACGCACGUUUCCAUGUUCUUCGUCGUCAUGAAAGGAGACUACGACAUGUGUAUAAGAGACCAGUUGUAA